UCGGGUCGUCGGCUGGGUCCACGGCCUGGCUGUAGCCGCGGUGCCGCAGCAGGGACACGGACGCCGGCAGAACAGAGUCAGCGGCGGCGGUGGCAGGGGGGCACCCCGAGGCCAGGACGCCGCCCGCUCCCCGGCGAGCAUGUGUGACCGGAAAAAGAUCCACGUCUUCCUCGGGGCUCCUCCCCCCUCCUGCAGUCCAGCCUCAGAGCCCGGAGCCGGGUUACAGGAAGCCGAUCGUGCCCCUGUUCGCUGGAGACACCUGGAGCUCACCUGGAGGGACGGGCAGCUCAAACCUGCAGGUGAUCCUGGAAAUGAGACAGGAGAGGCGAGUAUACACCAUGAUCCAAGAAUCACUGAAGCUGAUUGGACAGAAAACAGAGAAGGACAGGAAGGAGAGACAGGAAGUCUGAAGGAGGAUCUGUGCCCUGAGAAGAAGGUUCAGGAGUCAGACGCUGGACGGGACGAUCAGCCAUCAGCUUUGGUUCACGAGUAUCUGGACCGCUGCUUCCCUGCCGUUCAACCAGAUCAUCUAAAACCUGAACGACCGCCAGCCGCCCCCUCUCUUUCCUCCCAGACUCAUUACCUCACCACCUGGACUCUGAGCCAGGCUUUAAUCCUGAGAGGCAGCGUCCAAUCAGCAUCCAGCCUAGAGAAAAUCCCGCCCAAACACACCCAAACGCCUCCCUCUGUCUCGUCCAGCACCCCAGAGCUCUUCAGCCCAGCGACCCCAUCACCUGCAGCCUCUGCCGAGCUCUUCAGCCAUCCCUGUCUGACCCCGAGGGUGGAGGAAGGCGGUGUUGUCCUUGAGGCCACCACCGAUGGGGUCCUCUGUUCUCAAGAGUCCACAACUGACGCCGAGUCCCCCACCAAGUCCCCCGCUGAGUCCCCGAGCAGCAAAAAAGCUAGAGUCUCCCCAGAGUCACCUGACAGAGGCACCACCACUGAACUCCACAGUCCCACCACACUCCUGGCCCGAUGUGACAAACCAGGGGUGCGGUACUCAGUUCUGGUGGCGGUGGUUCACCCCUGUCACCUGAAGGAAGUCAAGGUAAAGUCGGGGCCGUCGGCAGGCACCUCUGUGCCUUUAGCAUCUAUUGUAGUGACAGACCAAUCUGGUGUUGAGAUGAAGGUGGUGCUAUGGCGGCGGGCUGCAUUCUGGGCGCUGACUGUGGGUCCUGGAGACGUUCUGCUCAUCACAGCGCUGCAGGUGAACGAGGACAGGUGGCGAGGGGAGACGGUGCUGCAGUCAACCUUCAGCAGCAAACUGCUCAACGUGGGACAGAUCACUUCCUCCUCCACGCCACCAGUUUCCCAGCAGGUUAAUGCUCGCUCUCUCAGGUCUCUGUGCAGCUUUCUCCGAGAGCGGCGCCCCCUCUUGGUGUCUCUGCCACGUCGCCCCCCUCAAGACCUGAACCGCCUCCCCUACGCCACCCUGACGUCACUGAGGGCAAACGCACUGGUUCACGCCCUGCUGCGCGUCACACAUACACACAUCAGCCCAGAGUGGCGUGCUGAGGCGGAGUCUCGCAGCAGGUCGGCGGUUCAGCUGAAUGCUGUCCUGACUGUGGAGCAGCCAGAGGACCAGCAGGGGGCGGUGUUACUGUGGGGAGCAGCUGUGGACUGGCUGCCUCGCUUCAGCAGAGACAAAGGGGCUGUUUGGGACUUCCGUGUCCUCCUGGUAAGGGAGGGUCUGACCUCUGACCUUCCAGAGCUGCACUCCACCCCCUGGAGCACCGUUCAGGCCAUGGACCCGACUGACCGCCGGGUGCAGGACUUCCACCGGACACGACGGUGCCAGAAAGGAAACAGCAGCACUCCGGAGCUGGACUUGGACACGCUGCUGUCCCAGAAGUACAGCGGUGACGUGGAGCUCAGAGUCCAGGUCAUCACGUUCUGCUUUCAGGAUGCACCGGCUUCCCAGAAUGCACCUCAGCCGGUCCUGGACAGCUCCACGUCACUGGAAGGCAUCAUGGUGGCGCUGAGCGGUGACAUCACUUACACCGGCUGUGGGCGCUGCUCUGCAGAGCUCGACACAGACGCCAACGACAUCUACAGGCCGUGUUACCCCUGCCUGCCCCACACCGCUGUACGCCGCUACUACAGACCAGGUGUGCUGACAGUGAGUGGGCGGGGCUCCAUCCAGGUGUGUGUUCAGGUACCUCCUGAUCCUCUGCAGAAGAUCCUCAAUGCUCCGCCUGAUAAACUCCAUCGUAGCUCAGCUCCGGGGUCAGAGGUGAAACACAUCCAGGUGGCAGCAGAGAGGAUCCACACCCUCCUCUCCCUCCCGAGGAAGACCUUCAUCGCCACCAUCAGAAGCAACUUCCUGUGCGAUGAGAACAGCAUCCCCAUCAGUCAGGACUUCAUGCUGCUGGACCUUCAGUUCCCCCCUGAGCCCUGCUGACCUCACAGUGGACUGCAGACCUGAUGGCAGCUUUGGGAUCUGUGGGUCCUGAGGACAGGUGUGACAUAAGUAAAGAACAGUGUGGGGCUUAUCAGAGGUCAAAAGUCAAUAAAAAAAAUAAUUUUCAAUGUUUCA